AUGAGGCACAACGAAUCCGAUAGCGACGAUGAUGAGUUGGUCAGCGAAGUUGCCGUCGACACUCAACUUAGAGAUUCCCUAGAUGCCGAAUCCGUGAGCAGCUAUGCGGAAAAUGGUCCGCUCUCACCCACUACUGCUCCGCCAGUGAGCCAGAACGAAAGCAAGAGACCGGUACCAUGGAGCGAAUUACCUCGGAAAGACCAACUUUUUAUCAUUACCAUGGCGCGAAUGAGCGAGCCGCUUGUCCAGACAUCACUGCAGGCCUACAUGUUUUACCAGCUUAAAUGGUUCGACCCGUCGCUUCCCGAUUCCACCAUCUCCAGCCAGGCGGGCGUCCUGCACGCCAGCUUCACGGCCUCUCAGUUCCUCACGGCCAUGAUGUGGGGCCGCAUUGCCGAUUCGAAACGCGUGGGACGCAAAACGGUUUUGCUCAUUGGUCUGUUGGGGACGAGCAUAUCCUGCUUGGGAUUCGGAUUCUCGACGACGUUUUGGCAGGCGCUGCUGUUUCGGACGCUCGGCGGUGCUACGAAUGGGAACAUUGGUGUGAUGAGGACGAUGAUCAGCGAAAUCAUCCGCGAAAAGAAGUAUCAGCCAAGAGCCUUUCUCCUCUUGCCCAUGACGUUCAACAUAGGCGUCAUCAUAGGCCCCAUCCUCGGCGGUAUCCUCUCCGACCCGGCCGGCAGCUACCCCAGUCUCUUUGGCAGCAUCCCCUUCUUUGUCAAAUUCCCCUACGCAACCCCCAACAUCGUCAGCUCCUUCUUCCUGUUCUUUGCCGCUGUGGCCGUUUGGCUGGGCCUUGAGGAAACUCACGAUGUCCUGAGAGACGGGCCGCCAGACUUGGGCACCAGGCUCGGCAAGAGACUUGUCACGCACUAUCGAAAGCGGUUUGGCACUUCGCCCGAGGCUGAGGGAUACUCGACAGUUCCGGCGUCUGAUCUUGAGCUGAGGGCGGGGGAAGAGGAUGCAGUCAGGAGGAAGUCGACAAAAAGGUACACCCAAAGACUGCCCUUUCGGCGUGUUUUCACGCGCAACGUGCUAGUUACGCUGGUUGCGCAGUUUUUCCUCACGUUCCACGUUGGAACGUUCAACUCGCUCUGGUUCGUCUUCCUCUCGACGCCGACCUCCGAGCGAGAGACUCGUCUGCCAUUUUGGUUCACCGGCGGUCUUGGUCUCCAGCCCCGAUCCGUCGGUAUGGCCAUGGCUAUUUUGGGCUUCAUCGGCAUUAACAUGCAGCUGUUCCUCUAUCCGCACAUAUCAGCACGUCUCGGCACCAUCAAAUCGUGGCGAUUCUUCCUGCUCUUCUUCCCUGUGGCCUACUUCCUUGUCCCCUAUCUCUCCGUCGUGCCAAGCACCGCACCGCCUCCGGAGGCAAAGGCGGGCGUUUUGAUAUGGAUUGCCAUUUGCGGCGUUUUAUUCUUCCAAGUCACCGGGCGGACGUUUGCGCUGCCCAGCCAGGCGAUCCUCGUCAACAACUGCUCGCCGCAUCCUAGCGUGCUGGGCACUGUUCACGGGCUUGGACAGAGUGUUAGUAGCGCGGCCCGGACGAUUGGGCCCAUGGUGGGUGGUGUUGUGUAUGGUUUUGGCUUGAACAAGGGCAUCAUUGGCCUGGUGUGGUGGGCACUGAGUAGUGUUGCUAUUUGUGCGUGCUUGACGAGUCUAGUGGUGAAGGAGGGUGACGGACAUGAGAUUUGGCUAGAAGGCGAUAAAGAAGAUGAAUCUAGUACAGAUUGA